GCUGGCUCCCAGGAGUGGCGGUGUGAACGCGCUUCUGACGGCGUCCAGGACGAGAACAACACUCCAAGUGCGCGCACACGUGAUUACCCGGCGCGCGCGCAGCUCUCACAGGAUUGCCACGGGUAGUCAUGCGCUUUUUUCCUACACAAACCGGAAGAUGAAAACAGGACUUUAUGAGUAAAACAUCCGAAAUGCUUCUCUUUUGAUCUAAAUCGUGGACGGACACACUUGAAUACGAGCACAGGGCGAAUUAUUAGACAUAAAUUGCGCUCUCUUGUGGAUUAACGGAGCAACUUUUAGGACUCAGCGUGAUUUUUAGGAAACGUCCACGCUUGCGGUUGAUUUAAAAUACUUCCGGUUGGAUUUAAGAGACGAAUACGUCUUGGUCUACCGUCAUCUUUGCGGGAAAUAUGAGCCCAGACCUACCUGGCAGACAGCGAGGAGGGCAAUGACGUCCCAAAUCGUAUUAAGUCACGUCACCAUCACCAUCCAAUGGUUGAGCAGCGAAGUGUCACAUGUGCGUUCUGACGGUCCAAUGAGACGCGUCGCUCAGUGGUUGCCUAGAGACGGGCUGCGUCCAUGUUGCUGAGGCUCCAGAAACACAGAGUCCAGCACAGUUUUGAUUUUUAACUUCAUCUCACUUGACGUCAGCUUUAAAUUAACCUCACCGGAGUCAAGCUCGGUAGAUGGUGAAGUUAAGGGCCCGGUGUCUCCUUGUUGGGGACGCGGCAGUGGGGAAAAGUGCCCUCUCCCGCGUGUUUCACAGUGAUGGCUCUCUCUUCCAGAAGAAUUACAGCAUGACAACAGGAGUGGAGCUGCUCACAAAAAGUGUCAAUGUCCCAGAAACCCCUGACAGCGUGGAGUUCUACAUUGUUGACUCUGCAGGGAAGGAGGCGCUAGUGGAAACUUGUGAGAAAAUGUGGGGAACUCCGUCUCUGCUGUGCCUGGUUUUUGACCUUACCAGUGAGCAGACCUUUGCUAGCUGCAGCCGCUGGAUGGAGAGAGUCCGGGCCCACUGCCAUGGCCUUCAUGUUCCAGGCGUCCUUGUGGGGAACAAGUCUGACCUCUCGGGCAGGAGGGAAGUAGAGAGCUCCGUGGCACAGGAAUGGGCCCAGAACCACAGUUUGGAAUACUUCGAAACAUCUGCAAAGGACAUGGAGAACUGCGAAGCACCACUGCUAUGUUUAGCACAAGCCUUUCAUACCCUCUAUCAAGAGCGCAGAGAGGCCAUCUCUAACCUUGGUGUCGGCUAAAAUCGUAUUUAUUUUUCAAGCUGUUCAAUAAAUGAUUUACAUUUUCAUUGUGCUUUUCUGUUUUCAUUACAUUGUUAAGGAUGUAAAAACUGUGGAACCGGCUGCACUGGUGUUUCCUCACAUUAAACCGCCCGCACUGGACCCCAAAAUUGAGAGUUUACUUUUUGAACCUUAGACUUCAGCACCACUGACCCAGUACUAAAGCGUGUUUAGUAAAUUGUG